CGUCCAGGCUUCUUUGACGAAAAAUUUGCCUAGAUUGAUCUUUAAUAAUAUCUGGUUGGAGCCUUUGUAUCUCUGUUUGCUUAAAUUAUUGUAUUUAAUUGAUGUGUGUAUUUUUUAUUAACGUAUAUAUAAUCCAAGCAAUGCGAUACAUAUCAUUAUCAAAAAUCAAAGUCUGAUGUAUACAAUUAAAUAAUAAAUCGUUGGUUAGAAAAAUUAACCUUGUAAUCGACUGUAUGACAUUUCAGCAUCAGGUGGAUUUUUGUCAACAUUUAACAACAUAAGGACGAUUUGGAAUUACAAUAAUGAAACGUAAAGUCACAUCUAAACUAACAAUGAGUAAACCAACGACUGCAAAAAAACAUCAUUGGACAGCUGGUUUACUUCAAUCAAUAGAGGAUCCUGAAUAUAAAAUCAAGGAAGAUGACAAAAUAAUUGUCAUUAAAGAUAAAUAUCCUAAAGCACAAUUUCAUUACUUAAUCUUACCAAAGGAGAAUAUUCUCUCUAUAUGGCACGUUAAAAAGGAUCAUCAAGAUUUACUAAUGCAUAUGCAUAAUGUUGCUUGUGGUCUUGUAAAAGAUCAAACGGAUCAUGAGUUUAUCAUAGGUUAUCAUGCGAUGCCAAGUAUGCAAAGAUUGCACUUACAUCUAAUAAGCACGGAUUUUAAUAGCCCUUGCCUUAAAACCAAGAAUCAUUGGAAUUCAUUUACGACACCAUUCUUCUUACAUUCAUCAAAUGUAUGUCGUGAAUUGCGUGAAGAAGGCGAAAUCAAAAAGAUUUCUAUGCAAAAGUGUAUGGACUAUUUGAAAACAGAUUUGAAGUGUUACAAAUGCUCAAUGCAACCGAAAAAUAUGCCAGAUUUGAAGAGGCAUUUAUUAACACACAUCAAUAAAUAAGAGCAAGAGAUAAAUGUAUGUAAAUAUGUAAUUUAAAUCAUAAUAAAACAUAUGUAUAAAU